GGAAGUACUUAUUUAUUCUUGCCUGCUUCACAGCGGUCUGAAUAACAAUAACAACCAUUCGAAGGAAACGACAGAGAAAGACAGCUGGGGCCAUGGAGUCCUCUGAAGAGGCGCUGCGCACCUUCGUCCAAGUGGUCAGUGAGAAGUACAACCCAGAGAAUUUCCCAUACUGCCGUGGGAACGGCAUGGGUGUUGUAGUGCUUUCCAGUCCACAGGGGUCGCCCAUUAAAGAUCGUCUGAAUCUGCCGAGUGUGCUGGUCCUGGACGGCUGUGGCAUCAGUAAAGCUGGGGACGAAGCUGAGGUGGCCACCUUUUGUGCCCAUGUGGUGGAGCUGGACCUGUCCCACAACCAGCUACAAGACUGGGGGGAGAUCUGCACGAUUGUGUCUAACAUCCCCAACCUGGACUUCCUUAACCUGAGUAUGAACCCUCUGAGUGGGAUUGAGCUGGAGCCGGGCCUGGCUGAGGUGUUCUUCCGGGUCCGCCGCCUGGUCCUCAUCAACACGCGUGUCACCUGGGACACGGUACACACACUCACACGCCAGACCCCUGAGUUAGAGGAGCUCUUCCUUUGUCUGAAUGAGUACGACCAAGUGGCCGAAUCCCCGGUUCCCUGCCCCUCCCUGCGCCUGCUUCAGAUCACAGACAACCAGCUACAGGAGUGGGACGAGGUGCGUAAGUUUGGGCCCAUGUACCCAGGCCUGCAAAACCUGGUGUUGUCCAACAACAAAUUGGGCUCUGUGGAGGAGGACACACCUCAGGACACACUGCAGCGCCUGUUCCCUAACCUGCGCAGCAUCAACCUCAACAACUCAGGGCUGAACCGAUGGGAGGACAUAGAAAGGCUGAAUUUCUUCCCUAAGCUGGAGGAGGUGAGGCUGAUGGGGCUUCCUUUACUGCAGCCCUACACAAACAAAGAGAGACGCAGCCUCACCGUGGCACAGUUGCCAUCUGUGUCUGUGUUAAACGGUAGUGUGGUGACGGAAGGGGAGAGAGAAGACGCUGAGAGGUUCUUCAUCAGACACUACCUGGACUUUCCUGAAGAGACGCUGCCUCAAAGGUACCAUGUCCUGGUGUCCAAGUACGGACGGCUCGCCCCGCUGGCCGAAGUGGACUUGCGUCCGCGCUGCCUGGCCACGCUGGAGGUGCGCUGGGGCGAGCGGACGGAGACUCUAAGCUUGCGGUUGGAGCAGACAGUCGGGGAGCUCAAGAAGGAGCUCAGGGCCCUGGUGGACCUGCCAGCCAACGGCAUGCGGCUGUACUACAUCGCCCGCGAGCUAGGCUCCGCGCUGGGACCUGAGGAGAUGAAGUACGGCAGUCGGGCACUCCACUCGUACAUGAUCCAAGACGGGGAUGAGAUCCUGGUGGUGCCCAAGACUAAGAGCCGCACAAUCUCGUCCACCUCCUUGGACUCCUAAGAAGUGUGUGUGUGUGUGUGUGUGUGUGUGUGUGUGUGUGUGUGAGACUCAGGACUUAUUUAUAGACUGACCAGCUUCUGGACACCAACUGUCUACGCUGUCUUUUAUUGAUUUUUUUUUUAAUGUUUGUUGGAAAAGCACCUUACUGUAUAUAAAUAUCUAAAUUAAUAUAUAUACACACACAUAUGACUUAGUGUGCGUGUUCCAAUUUUGGCUUGGUGAGAAGCAUCGCUAUUGUCAGACGCUGGUGGCACGUCACACCACUGAGAUUUUCCAUUGUAUUUGGUUUGUCAAAUAUUAGUUUUUAAGUAAUGUUAGCACAAUUAGCGUACCCUCCCUCUCUCACCCAAUUCUUAAAUCAUGUGCUUCAGAUAACCCCUGAGUCAGAAUCACAGGGGGUGGUACGCUGAGAGAGACGCUUCAUUGAGCUUUGAGGAUGAUAGAGCUUGUGACACAUAGAGACCACACGGAACAUCACUGACCCCAACUCACUCAGGCGAUCUGGCGGAAAGAGACAAGACGAGGCCAAAUAGAAGGGGUUGGGUUGGUGGGCAGUUGCUAUUAAAGGUGGAGAGAGAGGGGGAUCUGGAGAAGGAGGUGCACUCGAAGGGAGCAGCUCUCUCCCCUGCCGAGGGGGAGUGGGUGUUGGAGGGAGAGGUGGUGAACCCCAGGCCAGCCUCACUGAGUAACCACAUACCGGCUGCUGUGUCACAGUUACUUCCUCUGUGCUUGGUUCACCCAACGGGCAGUGGCCUUCCUCACCUCUUGCUCACUCUCCAUCUUCCUCUCUCCCCAUCAUCCACACCUCACAUCCGUCUCACACACCCAACACCUCUUACUGGAACCAGUGUCCAUUGUUUUAGUACACCCUGGGUCAACAAUGUGGCCCCAGAAUUUGUGCUCUCCCAUUGGUUCAUAUUGUCUAAUAGGUGUCUUCAGAUUCAGAGACCUCCAAUUGGUGGAAAGAUGUGAGUUAUGCCCUAUGGUAAUCAUAUUUUGUUGCUGCCCAGUCCAAAGUCAAUUUCACUCUGCUUUGGCGUCAGAGGUUAGCUACUCUUCUUAUACAUGGGAGAAAUCAGUAAACCAAGGUGACGAUGAAACUGGGUUUAUUUACCAAUCACUCUACCAAUUUAUGUAUCCAUUUUUAAUCUGAAUUCCUCUUUGAUCUUUUUACUUUAAAUACUAUGCAAAUUUUGCACCGGUGCAAAAGCUAAAUGAGCGUGGCCCUCAGUCUGUCAGCGCUAGGCUUUGUUUAGAAAAGUAGAUGGAUCUCGACCUUUUGGGAAUUAUUUUAGGCACAUCACAGGUGUUUCUUGAUCCGUUAAUGUUGUGUUUGCUUGGUUGGUAAUGGUAAUCUAUGCAAUAUAGUGUAUGUGGGCUGGGAUCGUGGUUGGAUUUAAAACAAUAGUCUGCCGUCAUUUACUAUGGAGGAUUGCAUGGACUUGUAACUUAAUCUUGAGGGACCUACGAUAAGAGUGUAUGUUGUAGUACAUAGUGUAUCUCCUAUGUUUUUAUGUUAUGUUUUUUGGAAGAUGAUCAGAUUGAUAAUUAUCAAAGUGACUCUGAUUUUUUGUCUGAAAGCUAAUUUUGCUUUAUUGUGGUACUAAUGUAAGGGUUUCUUUACUUUAUGUUGGUAAUGCUUCAUUUACAGCCCAUUUCAGAUGGUAUUUACCUACGGGAUAACAAUGGGUAUUUUCUGAUCCUCACUGUACACACACACAGUACUUCAAAGAAUUCCACAUAGUUGGUUACUUCUACCAGGUGGUAAGUAGUGGUGUUUCCAUCAGUGAAUGCCAAAGAAACCAGGAUGAAAUUGUUAAACAGUAUAAUUAGGAUAGCCUCAUAUUAUUUCCAAGUAUAUUUCCAAGUAAAUAUCGGACUAAAGACGAAUAAAGCGUUACUUUUUUUGGUUUA